AUGUCCUCGCCUUCCAACUCCCCUGUGCAGAGCGUUCAGGUCGACCCAUCUAUUCCCUCGGUCUUCCUUCACAAGCGCAAACGGAUCUGUGUAGAGGAAGAUAAGGAGAGCGUUAGGGAAGUCAAGCCGUUCCACAACGUCGUCGAUAUAACCACAAUCGCUUCGCAGGCGGUCAGCAACGCGCCCACCACCUCCCAUCGUAUCGCUAUCUGUCCUCUCGCACCUGAACAUAUGCAUUCUCCUACCCCUUCUUCAUCAAGUGAUCCAGCGCAAACGCAGACACUCGCCCACCAGCACUCGCGCACAUCAUCGCCGGCGAUCUACGCGCGCGCAAUCUACAGCGACCUUCCGGCGUCUCUUCACCCCCUGCUCAUACAACCUUCCCCUCAUCAACAUGCCGAAGAGAACCCACCCCAGGCUCUCGACGUUCCAUUGACAGAAGAUAUCCUCGCUGGUUUCAUUGAGACCAGAGUCGCGCGAGCGCUCUCAACCACAAGCACCUCGACAACACCUUUGACCCGACAGGGUUCAUCUUCGUCUACGAGCAUGGACCUCUAUUCCACAUCCGAAGAUGUAGACGGCGAGCCUCUCUUCUAUCAAGAGCUCUGCGCGCACAAGACGCUGCAGAACGCAUGCGUGCAAGCUCAAGCUGCAGGCGAAGACAUCAUCAGUCAAUCCAGCUACAUGCAUCCCGGCGCGGAUACGAGCGAAGUACCGAGCCUCCUCGAACGCGCAACGCGGGCAGCCGUGGCUCCGUAUGAGAGUGCAUGUGCGGACGUCGAGCAUCGCAUCUCUGUGGCGAGGGAUAGGGAUGAGAGGGCGCGAAGCCCGUUGGAUGGCCUACCAGCGCUCUUUGACUCUGAGCUCGCGAUUGAGAGUUCGACCCGUCCAGCAAACGAAGGUCUCGAGAGGCGAGACGAUGAGCGCUCGUUCAUCCCCUGCGGGCUGACAGAUACUUGCGGCGAACCACUAUUCGAUGCGGCUUCAGCGCGCGCACACUUCGCGCUCGCGCAUACGCUGGAAGCUGAGUGGGGGGCAGAAACGCAAACGUGCGACUGGUUUGGAUGUGGUGCCACACUAUUGGUGUCCUGCUUCGAGCAGCAUAUACUGCGAGAGCACGUCGUAGAGCCGCUUCUACGGGGAGAAGGAGAGGUGGCCGAUGAUUUGGACGAUGAGGAUGACGAUCUGAAUAGCGGUGAAGUGUAG